UCCCGCAGUCGGAUCGCAGCCCGCGCGGCUUCCACGCGAAGGAGCUUCUCAGGCGGGCAGGUUCCAGGUGAUGGCCGCCCGGGCUCCCCUCCUGCUCCUCCUGCUGGCCCUCUGCGGCUGCUGCAGCGCCUCCUACCCACAUCACCCGGUGCAGCUGAGCUCGCGCCGCAGCGCCUGCAAGCCGGUGCCCAGCAGCAUGAGCCUGUGCCACGGGGUGGGCUACAGCGAGAUGCGGCUGCCCAACCUGCUGGGCCACGACACCAUGAAGGAGGCCCUGCAGCAGGCGGCCUCCUGGGUGCCCCUCUUGACCAAGCAGUGCCACCGGGAGACCAAGAAGUUCCUCUGCUCGCUCUUCGCCCCCGUCUGCAUCAGCCAGGUGGAGGAGCCCAUCUUCCCCUGCCGCUCCCUCUGCGAGGCCGUCCGGGACAGCUGCCUGCCCGUCAUGGCCGCCUUCGGCUUCCCUUGGCCCGAAAUGCUCAACUGCAGCCGCUUCCCUGGGGGCAACGAGCUCUGCAUCCCCCCGGUGGGCCCCGAAGACCAGGAGCAGCCCCCGCGAGAAGAUGCCGCCGUGUGCCCAGCCUGCCUUGAUUCUGGGCCAAGUGAGAAGGAUUUCUUGGAGAAAGUCUGCAACCAGGAUUUCGCUCUGAAGAUGACCAUCAAAUCCUUCUCCGGCGUCGGGGGUGACCUGAAAGUCGUCCCGGAGCUCCGCGGCCGGACCCUUUACAAGCAGGCCAGCUGGUCCGAAGAGGAGCGGAAGAAGCCGGUCCUGUGGCUGCCGGAGGGCGAGGCCUGCUCCUGCGAAGAGCUGGCUGGGGGGCCGGGCACGGUAGUCCUGGCCAUGGGGCACCGUCUCAGCAACCGCCUGGUCCUCUCCUGGGUCCGGAGGUGGAAGCACGGGGAGAAGGAGCUGAAGAGGUUCUCCAGGGCGGUGCGGAAGCUGCAGUGUUAGCGGGGGGGGGGCUCCUCGAUGCCCAUCAUCCUCUGCCCGCUGUGGACCCUCAGGGUGGAAGUCGGGCCUGCCCCAAACCUUGCAGGCAACCGGUUUUCCCAGAUCGCAGCCAAACUGGCACCAUGGGAGCAGCUGGCAAACUACGAGGAACGGAGCGUUUCUGCUGUGGCGCUACAGAGAAGGGGAGGGGGGGGGGUAAUAAAGGUAGUCCUUGACUUACAGGAGUUCAUAUAGUGACCGCUCAAAAUCACAACAGAAUUGAAAACCUGUCCUAUGACCAGAGGGGGGAUCCUACCGCUUUUCGGCUGAGUAAGGAGCAACUCAGCCGCCCACAACGCCCAAGCGGUUCUCGGCGCAUUUCGGUUUCUGCUUCUGCGCAUGUGCAGGAGCCAUUUCUUCACUACUACGCGUGCAAAGCACCGACAGUGUGUCCCUGAGCAAUCUGGCAGUAAAAGAAUCCGGAACCCAACCCCUGGCUACGACCUUUGGUGCAGAGGAUGGGCAAUUGGUUCAUACUUACGACGGCUGCAGGGUCCCAAGAUCACUCGAUCCCUCUCAAUGGGGAAUCCAGAUUCACUUAACAGCCGGGUGACUAACUUAUCAGUGAUUCACUUAACAACU